AUGGAUGAAGACGACAGCCUCGCCGCCCUUGAGGCCUUGCACCGCGAUCUCUGCGCCCACAUCGACCUGCAGCUGCCGGUCGUGGACAGGCUGUUGAUAAACCUCGAAGCGCAUAUCGAUGUCCUCAAGGCGCUGCUUGACAAAAAGCCAAAGAACGACGUGAGCAGGCAAAAAUUAAACUCGGGCAAGAUCACCAUUGAAGAGGACGAGUACGAAGUCAACGAUGACUUCAAGCAGCAGACGCUGGAGCUGGCCGACGCCCUGGAUUUGGACGAACUGGAUGCCGCCGCUCUUUUUCUAAGUGCCAAAAAUGAGGCUCAAGACAUCGACCGAUCCCAACUGCAAACCGCCGUGAUUCGCUUUCACCGCCGCCGCGAAACCCUUCUGCUCUGUCUGCGCAUGCUCAUGAAGACAGCUCUAGACAAUGGAGAAACUGUGGUAGAUCGACAGCCUGAGCUGCAACUAGCUGUGCAGUACAUCGUAGGCGUCGCGAAUGGUUCCAACCUGGCAAGCGCAUACGGCUUCUGGACAAAGUGCCUGACCAGCAUGGAGUCGGUGGAAAAGUGGCUGCAGUUCAUUGCAGAACGGGUUCAGAGCACGCAGGUCGUGGGCCAGGUUCCCCUACCAGGUUUUGUGGAAAUCAUGACCCUUCAGCGACAAAGUCUGACCAGACAGCACGAGAGUCUGGCUGCAAUAUGCACACAUAUGAUCAAAGCCGGCUACGUCAAUAUGGACAACUACAGAAGUCUUCUGGCGAGGGCAAAAAUAUUAGAAAGACACGACAUUAUUACGAUUCACUAUGUUCCGAUGCUCAUUCGGCUCACGUCCUGGGCAGCUGCGGAGACCAACGUUACAUUGCGAGAAGCACGGUCUCUUCACGACUCGCUCAUGGCUGGGCGAGAGAAUGAUAAUUGGGCCCUGAGAAACCUCCAUGCAGCGACGUUGACUUGGUGGUUGGCUGAGUACAGCGGGAGAUAUGUAGACCCCAACACGCAGGACCCUGCCAUGCAAAAUAUUGACUUUGAGGCUGAAGCCGUGGUCCGGUCAGACAUCUUCCUAAAGGCGCUCAAUGACGGUGCUUUCCACUUCAUGCUCUCGUUCAGCCAGGAUGUGCGCCCGACAAGCUGGUACGAUCCGCAGAAAACGAGCAUGCUAUCUACAUUGUUGCAAGAUACAGCCAUGUUGAGCGCAGAGUCACCACAGCCCGCGGAGUUUUUCAAAGUACUAAUCAUGGAGCAAUUGCAAACUUUUGUGGAUUCCUUCAUCACUCAUAUGCCCGACACAUUACGACGACUGAAGGUCGAAGAAGACGACCAGCGCAAAAGAUUACAGCUCCACUUUCAGCUCUCGACAGGUGAAUAUCCUCUCCACCUAGAGAGAUUUAUGGUUAUCAUCGCUUAUGCGUUUGACGGCUUUCCUGAUGCUGCAGAUGAUUUUUGGAGCGACAAGGAGAGCAAUUUGUACGGAUUCCUGCAAUGGGCAGCCAAGCGACAACCUACUCCCCGGAUAGCUAUGUUCUGCGAGAUGUUGCGAGCAAUCUCAACAGGCCAAUCCAAUGCUGAGUCGGCCCACCGAUUCCUACUUGAGGAAGGAGCCUCUGCUUCUGGAAAGAUACGACGGACUAGCUCAUUGAGCUAUACGCAUAUAUUCAACGAACUAGUCGAAUUUGAAAAAAACAUUCACGAGCCACGAAAGACACUCCAGGGCGGUGUGUACGCCCCAUCAACAAACCCUAUAGAUCAGAUUGUCGAACCGGAAAGCGCAACUAUGCUUGAGAGCUACCUGCGUGUUCUUGCGCACAUAUGUCGACAGACUCCACUUGCGCGCAAUUGGAUACUGGAUCUCAAAGAGUACGACUUUGCCAACAUAUGUUUCCGUCUGUGUACCGACAAGGUUGAGAGCGGCCUCCGCGCAGCUGCCUAUGACGCUCUCUCAGCUCUGCUCGUGGGCAAAGAUGUACCGAGAUCCAACGGUAUGUGGUAUCUACUCGACGACUGGACGGUCAAUGGGUUCUACACUGGCUCGAAGCAGAGCAAUGCUCUGGGAGCUGUGCCACGCGACGACUUCUGGCCCACCCUUGCCGAUGGAUACGACGAAGCCAUCUCGUUGGUCAAGUUUCUCCAUGCGCUUGUGGAGCCUUUCCCUGACAGCGAGGGGCUGAAUGACAGUUUACCUUUUCCUGAGGGCUUGGGUUCAUCACGCAGAAUACCAGGUAUUGAAAGUUAUAUCGACUUUGUUAUCCAACAAGUUUUUGCAGAACGUACGCAGGAAGUACUGGAUCCUCUUCAACGUAGCGUUAUGAGAUGCACCUGCCUCAGCUUCAUGGUUACUUGUCUCUCCACAUUCAACGAGAACCUCGUCGUCUUCGCCAACAAGUCCAAUAUUCCUGUGGACGCAGUAAUCGAUCCUUCCUCGCUUGCUGCUUAUGUUGCGCUGCACCCAUUUGCGCGGGUCAUGGAGUGGCUGUUCAACGACAAAGUCCUGAAGGCGCUCUUUUCAGCCUCACAUCACGACGUGACCGAAGUCGAUGCUGCCGAGCAAGAUUCACCCUUGGUUCAAUCCUUGAUGCUCAGCGUUCAGGUUAUGGACUUGGUGAUGAAACUGCAAGCGACAUAUCUCGACAUUGUCAGGCCCGUCCUAAAGCAGCAGCCCUCAUUCCAGCUGUCCCCUGUCUCAAACUUAUCACUCGCCUCCUUCGAAGACGCCAUCCUCAACAAUUUGCAGAUCAUAGUCGAUCUUGGUCUCUACUGUGGUACGGCCCACGCUGAUUUGACCAUUGCUUCCCUCCAACUCUUGGAGAAGUUGGCAUCCUCUCGCAAGCUUGCGGUCUCGCCUGCCGGAUUUGGCCAGCGCUCGGGUCGAAGCAGGAUUGUCGGCAUAUUGGAGAAAGACAAUGAAGCUGAACGUAUCGGGCGCUCACUGUCGAGUUUGAUGCGGUUUAGCCCUGAACAAUUGGAGGCUGGCCCUGAGGCGAGCGGCUAUAUUGUGAAGCUUCGCAUACUAGACUUCUUGAACAGCUGUCUUGCUGCGGUCUCUAAUAGACCGACGAUAGCCCAUAUUCUCCUGGGUUUCUCUUGCAGCAGUACUACCGUUCACAUUGCAGACGAUAGCCUCUGGUCCAAUGGACAGGCGCUGUUCCACAAUAUCCUCCUCUUGGGAGUAGAAUAUCCUGACCACGACGGUACGCAAUUUAUAGCUUGGAGGUCGACACUAAAGACUAGAUGUUGGGAUAUCCUACAGAAGUUAUGGCGUUCACCUCUGACCAGUGCUAUCGUCAUGGAAGAGCUGCGUGUCAAUGAGCUGCUAUUCGUCGAAGCCCCACAACUUUCGCCCAUCACUCUCGAUGUUCCUUGGGAUGGCAUCUCUCUCGCAGAAGGGCUCCAAGUUUCUACUGGAGACGUAUCUCCUUUCUUUGCAGGACCACCGGCGCUUGCACUCCAAAACUUCCUUCAACGUCGGGCUGCAUUUUUGGACUACGAAUCUCGGGAACUGCGCCUGACAGUAAAGGAGUCCAUGCCUACAAUUAGGUCACGGAUACAAUCCUUGCUCCUUGGUACCACUGUUCGGCCUGGUGAGGAUCCUGUGGGUAAUCCGAACAUCUUCGAUCUUUUUGACUUCAUCGAAUUCUCAUAUCCCGAGCGGAAUCUGCCAGAUAAGCAUGAGUUUUUCGACGGUGUGAACCUCCCUUCUUGCCAAGAGGAAAAGGAUGGUUGUAUCCUAUAUUCUAUUCCAUUGCUUGAACAAGUUAUCAGACUCAAGUUCAAAUACUGGCAGAAGGAUGGAGCAUUCGAAUUCGAAGGUGGUAAAGAUCAUGCGGCUGGUCUUGCCCAUCAGGGCGAGACUCUGCUUGAGGUUUUUGCAGACUGGAAUCGUCGAACUGAGCUUCUCCGGUAUCACAAGGAUAUUCUGCAAUCGUGGGUCCAAGUGAUCAUGGUCGCCGUACACAACUGCGAAUUUGACAAUGGAGGACGAAGUGCAUUUAUCCUCCAAACACUCCAAGUCAUUCUUCCCAAGCUCGAACAAUCCUACGACGGAGACAUCUUCACAGCCCUCCAGCUCAUUAGCCUCGCAGAGUCCCUCAUUCAGAAGAUCGACUUUGAGUCCACCGCAUUCGACAAGACCGGCGACUUCACAAAUGACCGGCUCUCCCAGCUUUUCCGCGCCGCCCUCGCCGGCAUCCACAGCCCCGUCUCCACUGCAGAGCUGCGAGAAUACUGCUACCAGAUUUGCUUCCGCUACAUUCACGGCACCUUUACCAGCGCCUCGACCAACACGCACCUUGGACGUCACACCCUCAACGCCAUCAAAAACUGCGGAACGCACCUUCUCGAAGUCAUUUGCGACGACGCCUACAGCGGCCACGGGACCUGCAAAGUAUCAGCCCUCCUCCUGCUAAACGCAAUGGUCGCAGUAUCAACACAGCAAUCCUCUAAACACAUUCUCGAAUCUUUCGUCAGCCUCAACUUCAUCGGCGUCCUCGUAGACAACAUCAAACACAUUCCUGAGGAACUCCGAUCGGCAGCCUCUCCGCAAGUUCCCGCCCUACUCUCCUACUACGACGCCAGUCUCGCCCUGCUCCUCCGUGUGUCCCAGUCCCGCCUUGGCGCCGCUUAUGUCCUCAACGCUGGCUUGUUCCCUGCUAUCCGCGAUUCCAACAUCUUUGCGGUCGACCCGGACAUUGGGCUUGAAUUCGACGGCCCGGAUGCGCUGCGCAAGUACUACGAGCUCAUGCUUAGUGUGCUGCGGGUUAUCAAUGCAGCGGUCAUUGCGCGCGGACGGCAAAACGAUCAGACUGUUUACCAGGCACGCGAGUUCUUAAAGGAGAAUAGACAUAGUAUGGUGAGUGUGUUCAAGAGGAGUGUGCACGUUGGUGCUAGUCAGGGGGCUAGUUUGAUGGGCGUCGGGGGCGACCUGGGAGAGCAAUUGGCGGAUUUGGUGGAUUGUUGGACAGUUUUGGUGGAGGUUACGGGCUUUUUGCAGUAUGAAGAUCAGAGUAGUGUCAAGAGGGGUGCGCCGAACAUGUUUUCAUAG